CGCUACCUUGCUGUUGUGCUGCAAGCUGUCGCCAAUCGUACACUCUGUUUGGCCCCCAAAUGAGGGCUCUGACAUCACAGGCAAUGGAAACGAGGUCUUGACUUGGUCUCUUGUGCUACGUGAAGAUAAGAAUGUAUGUCAGCCAUGGCCGGAUACUGGUAGUCAUCGUGAUAUUGUAUCGCCACAUAUAGAGUUAUGGUCUUCUGAGCAAGACUACGCCCAGGUAUUCAAUAUCUAGACGUCCAUAAUAUCAAUGGUAUUCAUCGUACUUUAAAAUAGUCUGGUUUCAAGAGAAUAGUUCCCACCAUCCCAGUUGCAGUCAUUCAAAGAAGGUUUGCAGACUAACGCCAGGUACAAUACAAUAGCGAGCGGAAGAUGCCCAAGAGUCAAGACCCUGACCCACAGCCUGGCACCCACCCAUUGACAUCAUUCCGCAUUGCUUACCCCUCCCCUCACUCUCCACACACUCAAACUCACACUCACACUCACACUCACACUCACACACAUGGUGACAUGCAAAGCACUUCGAGCAAUUGCCAAUCAGUAACUUCAAUUUGACACAAC